AUGGUCGAUAAACCUGUUGCAAUUGAAACCAUGAAAAAUGGUUUCCUUGUGGUGCCGUUCAAGCUACCGCAAAGUGCCGUUUUGAAGAGCUCUCACACCGGUUUCCACUACACUUUUGUUAAGAAGCAUCAGUCCAAGCUAGAAACGGAGCAGAAUAGUCUUUUUAUAGUGAAUAUCCCCCUGCUGACACAUUUGGAUAAUGUAAAAAAUGUCUUUAAUAAGAUCUGUUCACAGUCGGAUACAGUCUCCCAUAUAGAGGAUUUGAUGUACAACGAUGAGUUUGGGCUACAGGAAGUUGAUUUAUCUGCUCUGACAUCUGAUCUGAUGUCGCCAGAAAAGGCGUCGGAGGUAAGGUAUACUCCUAGAAACACUGCAUUAUUGAAAUUCCUAGAUAAAGCCAGUUUGGAUAAUUGUUGGGACGCAUUACGCAAAUACACCGCAGACUCGCGAGAUUCUCUAAUAGAAUGGGAAUAUCAGUCACCUACGGUUGCAACUUUCAUCAAUUUUUACAAACCUAUAGACGUUGAGCAUCUGAAGGAGGAUAUUUACACACAUAUGAAAAUCUUCCAACAACGUGAGCAGGAAUCUAAGGAGGCAGCGCAAAGCUCGAUUGUGGAUGAAGAUGGGUUCACUUUGGUCGUUGGGCACAACACUAAAUCUUUAAACUCUAUCAGGAAGAAGAUACUGAACAAAAAUCCACUAUCAAAACACGAGAACAAGCAAGCACCACCAUCGGCUGUAGAUAAGAAAGUGAAGAAAGAUUUCUACAGAUUCCAAAUCAGAGAACGCAAGAAGCUAGAAAUCAAUCAACUCCUGACCAAAUUUAAAGAAGAUCAAGAACAGAUUAAGGUCAUGAAGGCCAAGAGGAAGUUCAAUCCGUAUACUUAA